UUGUGGAACAGCAAACUGGACUGUUACAAAAACAAAAAUGUACGCAGUAGAAUCUACCAAAAACUUUUACUAGAAUAUAAAAAAGUAAAAAGCGAUGCGUUGAUAGACGACAUGAAAAAAACUGUCAAAUAUUCGUACUUGCUAUCGCCGGGAGCUGAAGAAAACUUUGCAAAGUCAGACAUCUGGUGCAGAAGCUGAUGAAUUAUACGUUUCACCUCUAUGGUAUUUCGAUGAACUCGAUUUUUUGCGAGACUUGGAAGUACUUAUGCCUACUGUAACAUCCAUCAGUUCGGAUGAAGAUGAAGAAGCGUCCGUUUGCGUACAAUCGUUGAAGAAAUUUAAAAAAGUGGUUACCGAAUCAACGGAGUUUCUAAAGAAAGCAACCGAGCAUUUGGAGGCAUCCAAAAAACAAAUGGAUGAAGCAGAAACUUACGCAAAGGCAGGGGCUUGCAUGUUCAGGCAAAUGAAACCAGAGCAGCAACUUUUUGCAAAGCAAGCAGUAGACGAAGUAAUGCUGUUGGGCCGAUUUGGAAAAUUAUGUUUCAAUUAUCUGAACAGUCCUUCAAGCUCACCAAAUUUAAGUAGUCCCCAUGUAUCACGAACCAGCUCGCCUUUUUAUGACUCGCAACAUUAUAUUUCGUCACCUUCUGUAAGCCCAACUGAAUCAACAUCACGCUCGGCACAUUUUAUUUCUAUACCAACUGGAAGUUCUAAAGAAUCCAUAUCACAUUCUCAACGUUUCAUUUCUGUGCCAACUGGAAGCCCCAUACAACCAACAUCACAUUCACAACGGUUAAUUGUUGUGCCAACGAGAAGUCCUAUAGAACCAACAUCACAUUCGCAACGUUUUAUUUCUUUGCCAACUGGAAGCCCCAUACAAUCAACUUCACAAACAAUUGAAAUAACUCCAGAGUUACACUUUUCAGAUGCAAACGACAGUCAAUAUACAAGUGUUCUUGAUUUGUUUAAUGACUCGCAAUAUCAAUGAAA